AUGGCUUUCAUAAAUUUCAUUGUCUGGCUUGCUGUAUGCACUUCAGCAAUUGCUGUUCCAGAAUCUACAUUACCCAUAAUCGAUCUUGGUUAUGCUCUCAAUCAAGCCACACUAAAUAGUUCGUGUCCCUACCCUUUAUUGACCUUUUCCAAUAUUCGUUUCGGAGCACCUCCAGUCGGCGAUCUUCGCUUUGCCGCUCCCAUACCUCCUCAGACCGUGAAUACCACUGUCAAUAAUGGGCAACAGACUGUCAUCUGUCCUCAAGCAACCCCAACGUGGGCAUCAACAGCAUAUGCUAUCGUGGACGGUCUCACAGCAGCAAUAAGCUCGGCGACCUCGACAACAGCAAGUUCAGCAACCGCGUCCGCGACUUCUAAAUCAUCAAUACCCGCGCCAGCUGCGGGAACCUCUGAAGAUUGUCUGUUCUUGGAUGUUGUCGUGCCACAGAAAAUCUAUGAUUCAUCUUAUGCUAUCGAGCAACGAGCACUCCCGACCAAUCAAAGUGGGGAGUUGAGUGAAUCUAAGGGUGUUCCGGUCCUUGUCUGGCUUUACGGUGGUGGUUACAUUUUUGGGGAUAAACAGAGCCAAGCCAACCCGUCCACCUUGGUCGCGAAUAGCCUUGCAGAUGGGCAUGAAGGAGUGAUAUAUGUAGCACCAAACUACCGUCUGGGACUUUUUGGGUGGCAAGCAUCUUCAGCAUUCGAAGCCGAAGGGGGUACCACAAAUGCGGGCCUCUUCGACCAACGCCUUGCGCUUGAGUGGAUUCAGAAAUAUAUUUCCUUAUUUGGAGGUGAUCCAUCUCGUGUAACACUUAUGGGAGAAUCUGCAGGGGCCGGGUCUAUAUUCCAUCAUAUUACAGCCCCAGCCAGCUACAAUACUUCGUCGCUAUUCACCAAGGGAAUUACUCAGUCGCCUGCUUUGGAACCCAUCACUGAUGCACAGAAGACUGCAACAUACGACGAAACCCUUUUAGUCGCGUCGAAGCUCGCAAAUACCUCAAUCACGACCCUGGAACAACUGAGAGCACUUCCGUUUGAGCUACUAUACGAGGUGAACUUCUACAUAGUUGCUACAAGUUACUAUGGAACAUUUACUUUUGGCCCUGCGAUUGAUGGCUCCUACGUCCCUGCUUUGCCAGGCAUGCGGUUACUAAAUGGUUCCUUCGAUCAUAAUAUCAGUAUUAUUGCAGCCCGCAACGAAAACGAAGGCAUCUUUUUCACAAAUCCAACGCUCCAGAACAGCUCAGCUUUCGACUCAUUGGUCCAGAAUAACUUGCCAGAUGCUACGCCCGAGACAAUCGCCUACAUUACGAAUGUCCUUUAUCCGCCAGUCUUCAAUGGUUCUUAUCCUUAUCUUACUCAAUUCGAAAGAGGAGCUUUGUUCACUCAGGAAUUUACAAUCACUUGCAAUUCAUAUUUCCUCGCGAAAGCAUUCGCUGGGACAGAAAGCGGAAAAGCGUGGAAGUAUAUAUUUGCGGUACCUCCUGGUCUUCACUCCGAUGAUAUUGCAUACACAUUCUUCAAUGGCGAUACUUCGACGCUAAAUCUAGGAGGCGGUGUCGUUAAUGCAACGAUUGCAAAUGUGCUGCAGGACUUCAUUGUCAAUUUUGCGGAAUCUGGUCAGCCAGCAGCGAGCGGAUAUCCGCAUUUCCCAAAGUACGAAGAAGGGAGGGUCUACAAUCUGAACGUCACGGAGCUGGGAAAGGUAAUAGAGGAUCCGGAUGAUAAUCCCAGGUGCAACUAUUGGCAGGCAGCUUCAUGGCUGUAGGUCUCUAUUACUAAUGGUCUUACGUGGCAGGAAACAUGUUGCUGGCUGCGAGGGAACUCGUCAAGUUCUGUCUCUGUAUCCUGUACAACGAGCCACUUGUAUAGAUGUUUUCAUAUAGACACCU